GUAAUUGCCAUUCUUGUACCUUCUUAGAUCAGCACCAGAUAACAUAACAUGGCGACCUCCAAAGGAAAAGGGCCAGUUUGUGUGACUGGAGCAUCAGGGUAUAUUGGUUCUUGGUUAGUUAAGAGGUUGCUUGAGAAAGGAUACACAGUUCAUGCCACUGUUAGAGACCCAGAAAAUGAAGAGAAAGUGGGUCAUCUGAUUGCGCUUCCAGGAGCAAAAGAGAGGCUCAAGGUGUUCAAGGCAGAUCUGAAUGAUGAAAUGGCAUUUGACGAUCCCAUCAAGGGUUGUGAAGGAGUCUUUCAUCUUGCUUCUCCUGUUACUUUAGCUGAUAAUGCUCUUCAGGGUGAAGUGGUUGCUCCAACGGUGAGAGGCACAGUGCGUGUGCUUGAAGCAUGCAAGCGAGCAGAAACAGUGAAACGCGUAAUAUAUACGUCGUCUGUUUCAGCAGUAAGAUACACAGGCAAACAUACACAUCAAGACACACUUGAUGAGUCUCACUGGACCUCCAUUGAUUACUGUAGGAAGACUAAGAUGAUGGGUUGGAUGUAUUUCGUAGCCAAAACAUAUGCAGAAGAAGGUGCAAUCAAAUUCGGGUCAGGCGAGAAUCUGGAUGUAAUUAGUAUUCUUCCCUCCGUAACACUUGGAGAUUUCCUCACCCCGGAGGUACCCGGUAGUGUGGCUACUGUCAUGACUUUACUGAAAGGAGAGGAGGAGCAGUAUUCCUACCUUCCACGCAUACCAUAUGUGCACAUAGAAGAUGUAGCAAGAGCUCACAUAUUUCUGUACGAGCACCCUGACGCUAAAGGCAGGUAUAUUUGCUCUCUCAAGGAUGUUCCCCUCGAAGAAGCUGCACACCUCUUUCAAAAGCGCCAUCACCUAAAUGUUCCUACCAAGUUCGAGAACCUUCGUGAAGAUUACUUAUAUCCUUGCAUGGACUCAGGAAAGUUGAAACGACUCGGGUUUGAGUAUAAAUACACUUUGGAAGACAUUAUCGAUGAUGUCGUUCAAUCUUAUAAGAAAAGAGGCCUACUUUAAGUUCAGUGGUUUGCCAGCAUUAGUUCCACAUUAUCGUUCUCUUAUUACUCAUUCAAUAAAAUUCACAGUGCAGCAUUCAUAUACAUGAGAAUGUUGGACGGUACACAAUCAAAUCAUAUAAUUGUUAGAGCUGGACUCAUAUAUAAUUAUGUUUAACUAGCUAGAUUAUAAGGUUGAUAUACAUUUUUUUCUUGUUUGAUCUGCUCUGUUCUGGUUGGAGAUCCUUUCUCGGGCUCCCUUUAGAAUGGUUGGUUCCUUAUAUCAUUAUAGAGGUUAUUUGAUAUGGUCUGGCCAGAGAUACUUUCUGGUUUGUUUUUGAA